AUGCAUGUGGUGUUAUUCGAAGUCUUUGUUUGUAGUUGGCAAGUGGAUGCUGUGAGGAUGUUGGAAUCAUGUUGGAUAGUAGAUGAGGUAAUAAUGGCAUCAAGUAGCAAGUUUUGGAAGGAUGCGUGUAUGUGGAAUGAGCCUCUUGCGGAUUUCUGGAUGGAGGGCAAUGGUGGUGUGUCGAAUGCACAGGACACAAUGUUUGAUACGAGAGUGGAGGAAGAUGCUGAGUUAUCCGAUUGGGAAGGAAGGGGGGCUUCAAUGUUGCCCGGAUUUUUGGGUUUGGAUGGGUUGCGAGCAGAAGAUGUUCUUGAAAUGGAGUUCUCUUCACCUCAGGAGGCAGGCGGCUUCUAUAACAAUUACAGCCGACUAAAGGGCUUUGCAUCACGGCGAGGCAAGACGGUUAGAAACACUGCCGGAGAGAUCGUGCGGUAUACUUUUGUUUGUAAUAGGCAAAGAUUUCGAGAGAAGAAAUGGUUGGAAAAGGUUGAUCGCAAAAGGGAGCAUAAGGUCGUUACCCGAUGCGGAUGCAUGGCGGAGAUGAGGAUAAAGAGGAAAGACGGUAGUGGGAGGUGGUAUGUUUCGCGUUUUGUCGAGGAGCAUAACCACAAACUUGCGUAUGGAAAGCUUGUUGAUUAUUUUCGGUCACACAGGAAGAUAUCUGAGGUAGAAGUUGCUCAGCUAACAAGCAUGAAGGAGAUUAGGAUUAGCAUACCUAAGAUUUAUGAGUCUUUCGCAGCACAACUGGGGGGUUUUAAUCUGGUAACAUUCACAAAGCAAGAUAUGUAUAAUGAGAUACGGAAACAGAGAGGUCUGCAAGGCGGAGAUGAAGAUUAUGGGAUUUUCGGCGAUGUGCUAGCAUUCGACGCUACGUAUGGCCGCAACAAGUACAACCUACCCGUUGUAGUCUUUUCCGGAGUAAACCACCACAACCAGACAUGCGUAUUUGGAACAGCAAUGGUCUCAUGCGAAUCGCAGGAGUCAUAUAUUUGGGUUCUUCGCCAGUUUCUGGAAUGCAUGCAAGGUAAGGCACCGCAAUCGGUCAUCACGGAUGGCGACCCGGCCAUGCGGAUAGCAAUCCAGUCUGUAUUUCCUGAUGCACAUCAUCGGUUGUAUGCCUGA